GUUUUAGGCUCCAGUGUUAUUAGAGGCCAGGGUAACCAUGCUACUGAACAAAUGGCUAAUCUUUUCACUUUUGAUCUGCGUUCUCGUGUUCUCUUGUUCCGUAGAGGGCAAACCGAAGGGCAAAAAUGAAGGCAAAUCAGGAAAAGCAUUUACCGAGUGCAUGCGUAAGUGUGAGAAGGAGAAGGACAAAAGUGGCACUCCACCGCAGGAGAUAUGGGUGAUAUGUCAGGAAGAAUGCCACGGACAUCACCUUUGAUAGUCCUUUUGAAGGUUGCCUGGUGCAGCUUUGCAGAAUAAACAUUUCUCAAAAGCA